AUGGCAGCGACAACCUCCCAACAGGUAGCCGUCCUGGGUCACUACAAGAGUGGCGUGGUGCCAGGCACCCAUGAACACGGCGUCUUCGCGGUUCAGAUGAUCGAUGGAGGCGUCAGGAUCAUUUGUGAGGCGCCGUUGAUCAGCCUACCUGCCCCCGGAGAUCAAGUGAUUGAUCUGAUGAGUGCCUUCGAUGCGCUCUCAGCUGAAGACCAAGAGAAGUUCUGGAACCUAAACCCAGCCAAGCCCUCUACAUCUGCCCUUCUUACCGAAAUGGAUCGAGAAAUCACGCCAAAGCUAAUAGCUCUCACGGAAGUGGCAUAUACAGAAGAAGAGAAGAGGAUUCUGGACGGACGCUUUGCCCAGCUUGGAAAGUCCACUCAAUGCUUCCGCGUUGCCGCUUGCUGGCAUAACACCCGCUACUCCCUCGUCUCCCACAUUCCCUACGAGUGCUACCCGCUGCCAGAGGGGACACUCAUCUCCGGUAUCUUCAUCGAGACCGCGCAACUCCGCCACUCAUGCGUCCCUAACUGCUUUGCUCGGAUCCAGUCAGACAAAGGCGUCAUGACAGUGCACACCAUGAGGCCGAUCACCGCGGGUGAGGAGCUCACCAUCAACACCAUCGACAUCUACUACAACACCGUCGACGUCCGUACUGCCGACCUGCACGCUCGAUUCGGCACCACAUGUGCAUGCGAGGCCUGCAACCCAUCCCACCCCAAGUUCAAGAAGCACGAGGAUUGCCGCCUGGCCAACUACACCCGCGCCAUUCAGGUCGACGACUUCUGCACCCGCAUCGACAUCAUCGACCACGCAUCCGUCCGCAUUGACUUGUGCCUGCAAGAUCGCGACCUCCCCCACCCCAACUUCCCCAUCACCAUCGAAGACCUGCGCGACGCCGAACUCACCGUGCUCGCUCUCAUCAAGGGCCUCAAGGACACGGGCUGCGGCUCCCCCGAGCUGAUCCGCUGGUACAACGCGCUGAUCGACCGCAUCCAGCCUCGCGUUGCACAUGUUCUCGACAACGACGAAGAGCGCGUGCGCUAUUGGUGCAUCAUGCUACGUCAUGCCAUCGAGUGCGAGAAGAUCAGUAGCAAGUGCUUUGGGGCGGACUCUGCUGAGGUACAGUGGGCUGGAGCGAGGAGGGCCAAGAUGGAGGGCUUGAUUGAGAGGGCUAGGAUGCAUAAGACGUGGUUAGAGGAGAGCAAGAAGAAGGUUCUAGGUUGA